CUCACUGACUGCACCUUCCUUCUCUGUUCUCGCCGAUCUCCUCUUCACUCAUUGCCCGUUCUUUCAUUUCCAUCACAAGAUGGAGGAUCAUCAAGUUCAUGGCAGUUCUCCCUCCUCACGGCGCACCGGCGCCUCCCGAUCAUCCCACCCCUCAUCCCACUCCUCCUCCUCCUCGCGGCCCAAGAAGGCAGCGGGGAAGAAGCGGGCUCGUUCACCAGCCCAUUCCGACGACGGCAGGCGCACCCAGGCUCAGCCAAAUGGCGAUGUACCUCACCACUACGCCGAGGAGGAGGAAGACGCGCCUCCACCCACCCAGGAGCUCGAUGAACUCUACGUGACUUUGCGUACCGAUGUUGUCGGUAGCCAGUACUACGAAGGCCUCGUCGGCAUUGGCGAGUACGUCAUGCUCCGCCGCCAGCCCAACAACGAGUACGACAGCAACGCCGUGCAGGUCCUCAAUGCUUCGGGCGUUCAAGUCGGCCACAUUCCGCGCGGCGUCGCAGCGCGUAUUGCCCCGCUCAUGGACGGGAGGCUUAUCACAGUCGAAGGAAGAAUGAUCGGCCAGAACCUCGACGGCUCUCAUCGCUACAAGCUGCCUAUGAACAUGAGCAUUUACGGGCGCGCAGCCCACCGCGAGGUCCUCGAACCGGAACUGGCCUGGGCGACGCCCAUGGAGCGCGGCUUCGACUACAUGAGACAACAUGAGGCGGCCGCGAGAGGCAAGGGCAAGGCACGCGAGACUGGGGUGAGCGGCAGUGGUGGUGGGGUAGGCGAGGGGAUGCAGCGAAUCCUCGAUGGUCUCGUCAAGGUCAACGAAGAUGAGAAGGCCGCCGACAGCGUCAUGGCGGCUCUCACGGCGGGCAUGGACGUCACCAAGCUCCCACUUCACCCUUCCCCGCCGUCACGCCUAUCGGGCGAACUCCUCGUCGACCUGCUGCCCCACCAGUCGCAGGCGCUGAAGUGGAUGAUUGACCACGAAGACCCCAAGCUGCCUAAGACGCCAGAGGACACCGCCGUGCAGUUCUGGACUCGCCAAAAGGGGUCGGGGAAGGGCGCGUCGGAUUACUGGCUCAACGUCGCGACCAAAACACCCCAGGUCGAGACGCCUGUGUUGGGGCGUGGUGGAAUUGUAGCCGAUGGCAUGGGGCUUGGCAAGACCCUCACGACUCUGGCGCUUGUACUUGCGACAAAGGCCCAAGAUGUGGCUCAGGGCUCUACCAAAACUACACUAAUCGUCUGCCCGCUGUCAGUUCUCAGCAACUGGGAGAAGCAAAUCGAGGACCAUGUGGCGGAUGGUCAGCUCCGCUACUACGUGUAUCAUGGUACUGGCAAGAGCGCGACGCCGACUACGCUAGCCCAAUACGAUAUCGUCCUGACCACAUAUCAGACCAUCGCUGCGGAGGCACCUACACCUGCCGCGCAAAGUAUCGACAAGGGAAAAAAAGUCAAGGUCUCCGGGAGACUCGGGCCAUUGCUCAAGAUGAAGUGGAAGCGCAUCGUUGCCGACGAGGGACAUGUAAUGAAGAACCCAAAGGCGAAAAUGACACAAGCCUUUGCCUCUCUGCACGCCGAGCGUCGCUGGAUCUGUACGGGAACACCCAUUGUCAACAGCCCGGCAGACCUCGGCUCGCUGCUCACAUGCAUCAAGAUGUGCGCACCACUCGACCAGCCCGAGUACUUCCGCAGCCUGGUUCUGCGCCCACUCAAAAGCGGCGCCGCUGAGGCCGCUCGACUACUCCAAGGCAUUGUGGGUCAGGCUCUUCUACGCCGUACAAAGGAGACGAAGGACGCAACUGGAAAGCCCAUCGUGUCGCUGCCACCAAUCGAGUAUUAUCAGGUGCCCGUCAAGCUCGACGAGGAGACUCGCCGCACAUAUGACGAGGUGCACGCCGAGUCACGUCGCCGUUUUGAGCAAAGCUUGCGUUCUGGCGAGAGUGCUGCAAACGUGUUGGCCAUGUUGACAAGGAUGCGGCAACUUUGCUUAUCUGCUGAUCUCGUCCCGCAGUCUUUCCUUGAUGACAUCCGCCACCCGCAUGUCUCGUCCAACACACCUGCGGUAACUGUCUCCAAGAUGACACCCGAACAGCGAGAAAUGUUGAUUCAAAAACUCAAACAGGUCAUCGCCGACCAGGAGGAGUGCUCCGUGUGCUUUGACGUCCUCAGCGAUCCGCGAAUCACCGACUGCGGGCAUCCAUUCUGCUUCGAGUGUAUUUCUGAGGUCAUCAAGCGGCAAGCUGUUUGUCCCAUGGAUCGUCAUCCCAUUGCGCUUACGUCCCUUCUCGAGGUACCACCAGAUGCUGCUCCAGAGUUUGUAGAACAAGCCAUAGUUCCAUCAUUGCGUUCGGCCAAAAUUACCGAACUCGUGCGCUACCUUAAAGCCUUCGACAAGGGAGACAAGACGCUCGUAUUCUCGCAAUUCACAACGUUCCUCGACCGCGUUGCUGCCAUCUUGCAAGAAGAGGGUAUCCAAUACUGCCGCUUUGACGGGAGCAUGCCAGCAAAGAAGCGGCAAGAGGUCAUCGCCCGAUUCCAGAAGCCCUUCCUUGACGCCACCACGGAAACUAACCCCGUCGUUAUGCUUAUCUCGCUCAAGUCUGGGGCCGUUGGCUUGAACCUUACGGCAGCUAGUAAUGUCUUUCUGUGCGACCCGUGGUGGCAAAGCGCAAUUGAGGCGCAGGCCGUGGAUCGUGUGCAUCGCAUGGGCCAGCGCAAAACCGUGCGCGUGUUCCAGCUCAUUGCCGAGAACACCAUUGAGGCAAAGGUUCUCGACAUCCAGAAGCAAAAGGACGCGCUGGUGCAGGACGCGUUUGCAAAGUCCGGCUCGGCCGAGACGAAGGCGGCUAAAAAGCAGGCGCGUUUCGAGGACCUUCGGCGGAUCUUCGGCGUGGAGUAGCGGGUGGCGGCGAUGCUUUAGGAUGUUGACCGAAAGGCUGGUUGACACGGACAUCCGUCGCCGUCUUCCUCAGCGCGGCCCUCGCCGCAUCUCUCGCCGUGUAUCUCGCCGCCUUCCCCUUUGAUCCUGGAAGGGAAAGGCAUAUUCAAUGCACUCCGUCACCAACACACACUGCCCUUUGAAUCCUAUCGCAAACAAUCAUGUCGUAGAGUUCAGCUCACCUCAUGACUCAUAGCCGCGGUUGUCUUGAGUUGGGUCACGCAUAUUCAAUGACUUCAGGAGUUGCCAUGCAUUCAAAGACUUUCCAGCUGAGACAUGCCACACGG